CCCUACCAUCUGCAUGGCGAAUUCUGACAUCUACAACCUCGAAUUACUCUCCCUUGUCGCGAAAAUCACCCAGGAAAUCGACAACUAUACCGGUCACAAUGACAAAACUCUUGCCGAAUUCGUCAUCGCUCUCCACGAACAGUCCAACAAAAGUCUACCUGCAUUCAAACAAAAACUGAAGGAGGUCGGGGCAGAGUUUCCUGACUCGUUUGUCGAAAAUGUCGACCGCCUUAUUCUCAGCAUGCAUCCAAAACAUAAACAGAAGCACAAACCAUCGACGAACGGAAAUGCUAAGGGUGCAGUGGGAGAGGGUGAGCUAACAGAGCAGGAGAAGAAAAAGCGGCUGUUUCCUGGGCUUGCUUUAAAGGACAGCGAGGUUAAAGCUCCCGUUCCAGACGAUGUAUUCUUGCAGGAGAUAGGUGACUUAGUAUCUGGUCGGAAAGUACGGGAAAGACCUUGGGAAGACGACCGAGAACCAAAACGCCAACGAAGAGAAAGCCCACGGUCCCCUAGUCCUCCUAGUCCUCAUCGCGGACGAGACUACAACUCUCGCGACAGACGAGGUGGUUAUGGUGGCCGUGGCCCACUAGAUGAACGACCUGUGCUGUUUAAGAUUUACAACGGGCGGGUGACGGGGCUGAAGGAGUUCGGUGCUUUCGUCACAUUAGAGGGCGUAGCUGGUCGGGUAGAAGGUAUGGUCCACGUAUCCAAUAUCCAAACUGGCAUGCGAGCAAAUUCGGCUAUGGAUCUCCUCAGUCGCGGACAAAAUGUCAAGGUCAAGGUUGUAAGUGUAGCCGGUAGCAGGAUUGGUCUGUCUAUGAAGGACGUCGAUCAAGCAUCUGGCCGCGACUUGACACCUCAUCUUCGCAUCAAAUCCGAGGCGGAAAUGGAAGAAGAACGAGUCAAGUCAAUACGGGGUGCAUCUUCCGGGGCAAAUGCAUUACCAUUGCGGUCCAAGAAUGACCCUCCCGUUCGAUCUGCGAAGCGACUGACCUCUCCGGAGCGUUGGGAAAUCAAGCAGCUGAUUUCGUCCGGAGCCAUUGACGCAUCAGAGUAUCCUGAUCUCGAUGACGAGAUGAAUAAUCCUAUGGUUCAUGCUGAAAUCGAAGAGGAACUUGAUGUUGAGAUCCGAGAAGACGAGCCGCCUUUCUUGGCUGGUCAGACGAAGCGCACGCUUGAUCUCAGUCCAGUAAAGGUCGUCAAAGCUCCAGAUGGCUCUCUGAAUCGAGCUGCAUUGGCUGGGGCCUCCCUUGCAAAGGAAAGGCGAGAGCUCAGGCAGCAGGAGGCAAACGAACAGGUGGAUUCUGAGGCGAGAGAUUUCAGUCAGCCGUGGUUGGAUCCAAUGGCCAAAGAAUCGGAUCGGACAUUUGCUCAGGAUAUGAGAGGCAAUUUGAAGGGUCAGAAGGCUGGAGAGGUGCCCAAAUGGAAAGAGCAGACGUUCAACAAGGCCACGACGUUUGGAGAGAUAACGACGCUCAGCAUCCAGGACCAGCGGAAGAGUUUGCCCAUUUACAAGCUGCGCGAUCCUCUACUUCAGGCUAUCGAACAACAUCAAGUUCUCAUCGUCGUCGGUGACACUGGUUCCGGAAAGACGACGCAGAUGGUCCAAUACCUCGCUGAAGCAGGUUUUGCUGAUCGUGGCAAGAUAGGUUGUACGCAACCUCGACGUGUCGCUGCAAUGUCUGUUGCUAAGCGUGUCUCCGAGGAAGUCGGUUGUCGACUGGGACAAGAAGUUGGGUAUACCAUUCGCUUUGAAGACUGUACCAGUCCCGAGACGCGGAUAAAAUACAUGACGGAUGGUAUGCUUCAGCGAGAAUGCUUGAUCGACCCGCUGUGCAGUUCAUAUUCGGUCAUCAUGUUGGACGAGGCACACGAGAGAACGAUCGCUACUGACGUUCUUUUCGGUUUAAUGAAAAAGGCCGUCAAGCGUCGACCUGACCUUAAACUCAUUGUAACAUCCGCCACACUUGAUGCAGAGAAGUUUUCAAAGUACUUCUUUGGUUGUCCCAUCUUCACCAUUCCUGGCCGAACUUUCCCCGUUGAAAUCCUCUACACCAAGGAGCCGGAAAGUGACUAUCUUGACGCCUCUCUUAUUACCGUCAUGCAAAUUCAUCUUUCUGAGCCACCUGGCGACAUUCUUCUCUUCCUGACUGGACAAGAAGAGAUCGAUACAGCUUGUGAAAUUCUCUUCGAGCGUAUGAAAGCUCUUGGUCCCAAAGUCCCCGAACUCAUCAUCCUUCCCAUCUAUUCUGCCCUUCCCUCCGAGGUACAAUCUAGGGUCUUCGAACCUACACCGCCUGGGGCUCGCAAAGUCGUCAUUGCUACUAACGUUGCCGAGACGAGUUUGACGAUUCCUGGUAUCUAUUAUGUUAUUGAUCCAGGGUUUUCAAAGCAGAACGCAUACGAUCCACGAUUAGGCAUGGACUCUCUCGUUGUCAUGCCUAUAUCGCAGGCGCAGGCGCGGCAGCGCUCAGGUCGUGCCGGUCGCACAGGGCCUGGUAAAUGCUAUCGAUUGUAUACCGAGGCUGCGUACCGAAACGAGAUGUUACCUAAUUCAAUCCCAGAUAUCCAGCGAACCAACCUUGCGUCGACUAUCCUGCAAUUGAAGGCAAUGGGGAUUAACGACUUGUUGAGCUUCGAUUUCAUGGACCCACCCCCCGCGCAGACUAUGCUUACUGCACUAGAGUCAUUGUACGCAUUGUCAGCAUUGGAUGAUGAGGGAUUGUUGACGCGGCUGGGGAGAAAGAUGGCCGACUUCCCUAUGGAGCCGCCACUAGCGAAGAUGUUAAUUGCCUCCGUAGAGCUAGGAUGCUCGGAGGAAAUCUUGUCUAUCGUGGCCAUGCUUUCCGUCCAAACUGUAUUUUAUCGUCCAAAAGAGAAGCAAGGCCAGGCCGAUUCCAAGAAAGCCAAGUUUCAUCAGCCUGAGGGAGACCAUCUUACUCUUCUGACGGUGUACAACGGCUGGAAGGCUGCGAACUUCUCUAAUCCAUGGUGUUACGAGAACUUCAUCCAAGCUAGGAGUAUGCGGCGAGCGCAAGAUGUGCGGAAGCAGUUGCUUGGUAUCAUGGAUCGGUAUAAGCAUGAUAUUCUUUCGGCGGGUCGAGAUUAUAACCGCGUUCGCAUGGCAAUCGCUUCGGGCUUCUUCCGAAACGCCGCCAAGAAAGAUCCUCAAGAAGGGUACAAGACUCUUGUCGAGGGCACACCCGUCUACAUCCACCCAUCCUCUGCGCUCUUCAAUCGAAAUCCUGAAUGGGUUGUCUAUCAUGAAUUAGUACUUACCACAAGAGAAUACUGUCACAAUGUGACGGCCGUGGAACCCAAGUGGCUUGUUGAGGUUGCACCACAGUUCUUCAAGGUUGCGGACGCGAACAAAAUCAGUAAACGGAAGAAGCAGGAGAAGAUUGAACCCCUUUAUAACAAGUACGAGAAGGCGGACGAAUGGCGCCUUUCGAAAGUCAAAAGGAGUGCACGAUCUAGUCAAACAUUUGGAUGAUAUGCUUUAUGUAUUCCGUUGUAUACUGUGUAAUAAUGAUAAAUGAUUAGAUUCGAGACGAGCAUUAUUAAA